CUCCUUCAAAACCUUCCAUUUUCCGUCCUUCACGCGGAAGUUUUCCGAAGGAAAUUCGACAAGAAUAUCCGGAAAAAAAUCUAAAUUUUCUGGUGUUUUGACAAAGGAUAGCGAAGUUCGGAGAGGUUUCUUCUCGAAUUUGGUUGAAUUUGCAGAGAUUUGAAAUCUCUUUUGCUGCAAACGGUGAAAGAUAGGAGAUCGGUGUGUUUUGAGGACGAGUUUCGAAGAUCAGAGGCUUUUGUCUCAAAUCUGAUCAAAUUUUCAGCAACGUAAGAUAUCUUUUGCUGAAAAUCGCAAAAGAUUGGAUGUUAUUCGUCAUUUGAUGAAGAAUCACGAAGAUCAGAGGCGUGUUUUUUUUUUUUUUUUUUUUGCAAAUCCGUGUGUGUUUGAGAUAUCGUCCGUGAAACCAAAAAAUCUAUGUUUUUCACCUUUUGACGAAGAACUGCAAAUGUCGGAGAGGUCUCCUCGAGUUUGGUCGUAUUUGCAAAGAUUUGAGAUCUCUUUUUGCUGGAAAUGGUGAAAGAUCAGAGUUUUCUGUGUUUUGACGAAUAGUUUCAUAGAUCAGAGGCUUCUUUUCUCAAAACUGCUCGAAGUUUUAGGAAUUUAAGAUAUUUUUUUGCUGAAAUUCGCACAAGAUUGGAUGUUCUCUGCCAUUUGAUGUAGAAUCACGAAGAUCAGAGGUAUUUUCCAGUGAAUUUGUAUGUAUUUGAGAUAUCUUCCACGAAAGAUCAUAAACAUAGGAUGUUUUUCAUCUUUUGAAGAAGAGCUGCAAAGAUUGGAGGUUUUUUUCUCUUUAUUUUUCAGAAAUUUACAGAGAUGUGAGGUCUAUAUAGGAAUAAUAUCAGCGAUUUAAUAUUUCUAGUAAUCUGAUGGAAAUCAGAGAGUUGUGAUUUUGUAAUCUCGAUUGAGCACUUCUGGUUUUGAAUCUCCUCACCAUGGGAGUGGAUUACUACAACAUCUUGAAGGUGAACAGAAACGCGACAGAGGAAGACGUCAAGAAAGCAUACCGGAGAUUGGCGAUGACAUGGCAUCCAGAUAAGAAUCCCAUCAACAAGAAAGAGGCAGAGGCCAAGUUCAAGCAGAUCUCCGAAGCUUAUGAAGUCUUGAGCGAUCCAGAGAAGAGGGCUAUCUAUGAUCAAUAUGGAGAAGAAGGCCUUAAGGGUACGGCCCCACCCGGUUCCAAAAGUGGAUUCUCAAGAAGCAACACUACCAGAGCGAACGAUUCCCAGUUCAGUCCUCGCAAUGCGGAGGAUAUCUUUGCUGAAUUCUUUGGGAGGAGCCCCUUUGGGUUCGGUUCAACAGGCCGUUCAAAGUCCACGAGGUACCAGUCAGACAGCGGAAUCUUUGGGGGUUUUGGUGGGACUAGCAACAACUUCCAAUCUUACACUGAAGGGGUUGGGGUCAGUGGGGGAGGUGUGCCACGCAAGCCACCCCCUGUGGAGAGCAAGCUACCAUGCAGUCUCGAGGAGCUCUACAGCGGGUCAACGAGGAAGAUGAAGAUCUCUAGAAAUGUCAUUGAUCCUAAAGGACAGAUAGUGCCGGAAACAGAAUUUUUAACUAUAGAUGUGAAGCCCGGUUGGAAGAAAGGAACAAAGAUCACAUUCCCAGAGAAGGGUAAUGAGCAGCUGAACCAGCUUCCAGCAGAUCUUAUCUUUGUCAUUGAUGAGAAGCCUCACAACGUGUACACUAGGGACAGCAACGACCUCAUCGUUGACCAGAAAAUAUCGUUGGUGGAAGCACUGACAGGAACUUCAGUGCAUCUUACAACACUCGAUGGUCGCCGUCUGACAAUCCCUGUGACGGACAUUGUCAGCCCUGGAUAUGAGCUUGUGAUCACCAACGAAGGGAUGCCGAUCACCAAGGAACGGAGGAAGAGGGGAAAUUUGCGGAUCAAGUUCGACGUGGUGUUCCCAGCAAGAUUGACGGCGGAAAAACAGGCAGGUAUAAAACGCAUCUUGGGAGGCUGAUGAUGAUAUUGAUGAUAUAUAAACUGUAUGAUGAUUUUUUUUGUUCACCAUGGGUGUGUUUGGAUGCACUAAUUGGAUUGACUUGAAAGGAACAAAAAAAUAUAUAUAUCACAAUUCAAUUCAAAUUUGCAUCCAAACGCAACCAAAGUCACUGCAUUUUUAU